AUGUCCCUCUUGUCUCUGCUCGGAGAAAAAUUUGAAUUCAACUGUCAAGAUUGCGUUUGUCAAGAAGACAGCUUUGGCAUUGUUUGCAAAGAAAAAAUCUGCCCAGAAGUAAAAACGGAAGUACUUUGUACUUUGGACGGUUUCUAUCCUGUGACACAAAUCGACCCCAACAAUCACUGUUGUAAAGAGACUGUUUGCAUAUGUGACAACAGACUGUGCCCGGAGGUAUUCCCAGAAUGUGAAAUUGGCUAUGAAGUUGUUAGUGAAUAUGUCAAUGGAAGCUGCUGUCCUCAAUAUAAAUGUGUGUGUAACAGCAAUCUGUGCGUGAUGGCAUUUCCAACAUGUCAAACUGGAUAUGAAGUUGUGGGUGAAUAUGUUAAAGGGCAAUGCUGUCCUUAUUAUAAAUGUGCGUGCAACUUGAAGCUGUGUCCGACCGUUCAGCUAGACUGUAUGAUUGGCUAUGAAGUUGUUAGUGAACAUGUCGAAGAAAGUUGCUGUCCUCAUAAUAAAUGUGUGUGUAACGUCAGCCUGUGUCCGAAACCAUUGCUAAAAUGUCAGAUUGGUUAUGAAGUUGUAAGUGAAUAUGUUGAUGGACAAUGCUGCCCUAGUUAUAAUUGUGUGUGUAACGUCAGCCUGUGCCCAAAACCAGUGCCAAUAUGUGACGUUGGUUAUGAAGUUGUAGGUGAAUAUGUUGAUGGACACUGCUGCCCUAAUUAUAAUUGUGUGUGCAACAUGAAGCUGUGUCCGACCAUAGUGCUAGACUGUAUGAUUGGCUAUGAAGUUGUUAGUGAACAUGUCCAAGGAAGUUGCUGUCCUCAUAAAAUAUGUGUGUGUAAUGUCAGCCAGUGCCCGAAACCAUUGGCAAAAUGUGACACUGGUUAUGAAGUUGUAGGUGAAUAUGUUGAUGGACACUGCUGCCCUAGUUAUAAUUGUGUGUGUAACAGCAGCCUGUGCACAAACACCUUGCCAAAAUGUGACCUUGGAUCUGAAGUUGUGGCUGAAUAUAUUGAUGGUUACUGCUGUCCUCAUUUUAAAUGUGCUCCUAAAAAGGUCUGUGUGUAUGGAAAUGCUGAAUACCAGCUUGGAUCACCAGUGUACUCAGACCCUGGCAGCUGCCAAAUUUGUGUGUGCUCAGAGGAUUCUACUAACAACAAUGUGUUAAAUAUUUCUUGCCAUCCACUCCCCUGCAGUGUGCACUGUCCAGAUGGAUACAAGCUAAGGAAUGACCCAGGACAGUGCUGCGGAGUAUGUGAACAAACCCAUUGUGUCAUGAAAAAUGGUAAUUCAACUGAGCUCUUAGAACCAGGGGAGACUCGACCUUUGAAUGAUAACUGUACAUUAUACAGUUGCACUAUGGAAGACAACCAGAUAAUCCAGUUUAUCCACAAAAUUGCCUGUCCACCAUAUUUUGAAGAAGAUUGUGAACCUGGAACUAUUCAUCUGGAACCAAAUGGAUGUUGUAAAAUAUGUAUUCCACGGAACCAGUCAUGCAAGUUACAAAAAUACAAUGAUUAUCUAUCUUAUCAGAAUUGCAAAACACGUACUACGGUGGAACUGUUUCGGUGUCAAGGGUCUUGUGAAGCCUAUUCUAUGUACCCACAUUUGUCUAGACAUGUAAUACGUAAGUGUUCCUGCUGCGUAGAGUCGAAGACGAAGCAGAAAACUGCACACAUGGAUUGUACUGAUGGAAAUAGUAUUAACUUUAAAUACAUUGAUGUGGACGAAUGUCAAUGUCUGGAAACCAGUUGUAAUGAUGAAGAGUAACAUGUAUGUUCUUCAGCAGAACAGAGAAAAUCACAGUAUAUCAUAAUAUUGUGGAACAAAAAAAUAAAUAAAUAUACUGACUAUUUAGACAGCUGGCAUUGUUAUUUUCUUUAAAUAAAGAAUUUUCAAGCAAUUAA